UAAUUUGAUAGCAUUUUGACAGCAUUUUGACAGUUCAAUUAUUUAUCGACAUCGACUCGACUUUUUUGCAUCUCAAUUCUCAAUUUACAAUACUUUGUUAUAUUAAAUUAAUGUAGAAGUGAUUCAAUGAAAAAUGGAGAAUUUAUAUAGAAAAUAAUUCAACGGUUGGAAGAAAGGAUUUGAUAAUAAUUGUAGAGAAAUGUUCAUAUAGAUGUAAUUAUUGAGGUUAAUUUCAGACUGAAAGAAAUUACAAAAUGGAAGAUGAAAACUCCUCAUCUUUCUGUAAAGAUUGUCAAAUGAUGUGCAGUAAUUUGAAUAGUUUUAAAAAGCACGUAAGAAAACGCCAUCCAACUAAAUUCUAUCAACUCUUUCCCCUAAAAAGUGAUUCAUCUCCAAAAUAUACUUGUGAUGAUUGUAAACAGACAUUUACUUCAAACCGUUCUCUUAGUACACAUAAAAAAUCAUUUCAUUCAGAAUUUCAAAAGAAUAGAGAAACACAGGAAAAAAAUUGUUCUAGACGAAGUAGAAUAGAGGAUGAAGGUAUAGAAUGUAGUGAUUGUGAAAUAGAAUUCAAUGACUUAAUUACAUUUAAAAAUCAUAUGAGGGAUCACAGAGAUAAUAAAAUCACUAAACUUAAAAAAGAGAUAAAAGAAUACACAAUUGAUGAAUCAAAUACCAGAGUGAAUAAAAGGAAAAGAAAAAGUUCACUUGCCAAACUAGUUAAAUCAGAAGAAGUGAGUUUCAUUCCUGAUGUUCAUCCACUAGAAAAUAAUGAAACCCCAAUUCGAAAAAGUACUCGGAUAAGGAAACACAUCUCUUAUGCCAGUCUUAUAAAGUCAAGUUCUGAAUCUGAAGAAGAACCCUUAGCUUCUAAAAUCAGUAAUAAAUGGAAGAAGUCUUCUAAAAACCAUAAUUGUAAAGAUGAUGAUGUAGAAAAUUUUGCUCAGAAUAAUUUGAUAAAAAUUCACUUGAAGUUGAGAAAAAAGGUUAAACCAAAAAAAACUUGGAAAAAUUUUAAUUUGCUUGAGAAGAAACAUUCAUGUGGAGAUUGUUCAACUACUUAUAAUAGUUUGAGCUGUUUGAGAAAGCAUAUACGAAAGUAUCAUCCAACAAAAUGGGCCGAAUUAGCUCCUACCUUAUAUAAAAGACUGAAGAACUCUGAAAACUCUUUCAAUUGUGCUGAUUGCAAAACUGUCUAUAGCAAUAUAAUUGGCUUAAGAAAGCAUAUCAGGAAAUAUCACUCUUCAAAAUUCAAUGAAUUAGCUUCCAAAUUAUACAAGAAGACACCUAAAAAUUCUGAGAAAAAAUUUUCUUGUCCAGAAUGUGAGAUCAAGUAUUGUGUCAAGGCAAGCUUAAGAAAACACAUACAAAAAGAACAUUCCAAAAAUAUGUCUGAACUUAUAUCUAAAAUAUGUGAGAAAGAAUCUGGUAACAUCAAAAGAGAUAUUUCUUGUACAGAGUGUAAUAUGAAAUACAGCAAUAUGAGUGCAUUAAGAAAACACACAAGAAAGCACCACCCAAAUAAGCUGCUAGAGCUUGGCCCAAAACUAUAUACAUUUAAAAGGAAUUUAGCUAAAAAUAUUCUAAUGAAGACUCAUAAUUCUUUCAAAGAUGGAGGUACUCACAAUUUGCUUGAUGGUGAAUUAGUAGAUAUGUAUAAGUACAUGUGCAAUGUCUGUUCGAGUAGUUAUAGUAAUAUAAGUAAUCUGAGGAAACAUUUGAGAAAAUUUCAUCCAGAAAUAUUGUCUGAUGUCGCUCCUCUUUUGAAGGAUUAUACUAGUUUCAAGUAUCUUUGCGAUUUAUGUCCAAAAAAAUUUAAUUGUAUCAGAAAUUUCAAGUACCAUCAAAGAAAAUGCCAUCCUGAUUUUGCCCAACCCUUGAAACAAACUCAAAAGCAUAUUAAAAUCAAUAAAUGUCCAUUAUGUACUUUUGAAAAUACUGAACGAAAGAAGCUGUUGGAUCAUUUUAAGAACGAGCAUGACAUCGAAGUUUCUAUGAGUCCAGUAGAUGUAAAGAAUCUAGAAGAGUUUUCUAAGUGGAAGGAUUCAUUUGAAAAAGAGACAAAUACACGCUUUGUUAAAGAAUAUCAUUUUUCAUGUUUGUCUCAUGAUGUUGUUAGUUAUAUUUGUCAUCGAUCUGGCUAUUAUAAUCCUAAAGGAAAAGGAUUGAGACAUAUGAAGGCUCAGGGAAGUAGCAAGAUUAAUGGAUAUUGUCCUGCAGCAAUAAAAUUAAAAAAGAUCAAAGAUGGCUCAGUAAAAGUAACAUUCUGUGGCACUCAUAUUGGGCAUACAACAGACGUCAGUCAUUUACAUUUAACUCCUGCUGAACGGCAAAUAAUAGCUGAAAAAAUAGCAUUGAACAUUCCAUUCCCAGAUAUACUUGAGAGCAUGAGAAAUACUGUCUCAGAAUCAGAUUUCAAGCGUAUCCAUAUGCUUUCUAAGAAAGAUUUGUAUAACAUCAAGAGUAGUUUCCAUCUUACUUCUCCAAUUGCAAAAACAUUGAAACCCCCAUCAGAAAAUGUUACUUUUGAAAUAUGGAUUGAAGACAUGAAAAAGAACGGUGAUUGCAUCAUGUUUCAUAAGCCUCAAGGUCAUUUUAUGGAAGAACAUCCUAAUUUGAAAUCUGAAGAUUUUGUUCUCAUGAUUAUGAAUCAAAACCAGAGAGAAAAAUUGAAAAAAUUUGGACAUGAUACCAUUUGCCUAGACAGAUCUUUCGAUAUCAACAGCCAUCAUUUCGAACUUGUUUCUCUUUUAGUGCUGAAUGAAAUGGGGGAGGGUUAUCCCUGUGCAUUUUUGUUCUCAAACAGACUAGAUUUGGAGAUUAUGACACUGUUUUUCCAUAUUAUAAAAACGACUGUUGGAAGUAUUGAUACUAAAAUAUUUAUGUCUGAUAUGGUUGAUUAUUUCUACACUGCUUGGAUUACGAUUAUGUCGAAUGUUCAAUUAAGAUAUUAUUGUACAUGGCAAAUAGAGCAUGCCUGGAGGAAAAAACUGAUUAUUAUUAAAUCGAAAGAGAAGCAGGAAACUGUUAUCAAUCAGUUAAAAGCAAUACUACAAGAGAGAGAUAUAACCACAUUCAAAUUAAUGUUAGAAAGCAUUGUCAAUCAAUUGAAUACCGAAUCUUACGCAUGGCAUUUCUCGAGUUAUUUACAAGAUAGUUGUUUACAAAGGGAGGAGCUAUGGUCUAGUGCAGAUGGUGUUUUCAUCGAUUUAAAAACGCAUCCCCAUUUCGAAAGAAUGCAUAAAACAUUGAACCAUCUUUUUAUGAACGGAAAGAAUGCGAAGCAUUUUGGCAAAGCACUGGGAGAUAUAAUGAGGUUCAUGAGGGAAAAACUGUUCGACAGAAAUAUAUUAAUCAAUAGAGGAAAAAUUAAUAAUAAAAUGAAAAUAGCUAUUUUCCGGCAUAAACUAAGUUUACACUCGGAAACUGAUAGCAUUGUGACAACAGAUGAGGGAUGGCAGAUACCUUCAACUGAAACGUCCGAAGUUUACACCAUCAAGGAAAUGCCUGUAGUCUGCAGAUGCGAAUUUAUCUGUCCCGAAUGCAAAUGCUGCAUCCAUAGAUAUUUAUGUAGCUGUAUUGAUUCAUUCGUGAAAUGGAAUAUGUGCAAACACAUCCACCUUCUUUGCCGCUAUUUGAAUAACUGUGUUAAUAAUAAAAUUCAAAAUGACACUGACAUAAAACCACAACAGAAUUAUACCAAAGAUCAAGCUCAACAGAUACUGUUCGUUAAGGGACCUCAGAUGGAAUUUGUAAAGCAUCAACCACAAGUUGAAUAUAUAAAGCAACCUUUACAAAUUGAAUAUGUUGAACAGUCUCAACAAGUAGAAUUCAUAAAACAAGCUACUGUUGAACAGGUUGAAUUCAUAAAACAGGCUCAACAAGUAGAUUUUGUUAAGCAAUCUACCCAAAUGGAUAACAUACAAGUGCAUCAUAUUCAAAUGGAGAACCAAGUAGGUCAAGGGAAUCAAGUUGAAAGCACCUACAUAUAUUGUAACGAAACCAACCAGAGAGAAAUGGAUGCCAUCUUGGCUGAAGUGAACAUUUGCAAUUUAGAAACUGUUCAAGUCACCCAAAUACCAACUAGCUGUACUAUACAAAUACCUACAUCUUGUACAGUGGUUCCACAAGUAGCACAGAUAACUACAGACUCUUUUGGUGCAGUUGUUGAUACGAAAGAAUCUUUGAAAAUGAAAUUUUUAAAAUUACUGGAGGAAGCAUCAUCGCCAUCGGAAUUGGAAGUGGUGCAAAAAAUGUUAGCAUCUAUCACUCCAACACUGGAAGUCAUCAAAGGGACUACUUCAAACCAUCAGGUUCUAUUUCCAUUAUAGAAGAACUAACAUAGUUUUAAAUGGGAAACAAUAAAUGAAAAUUUUUGGAACUUUUACGCUAUAUUUAUCCCGUUAAGUGAAUGCUUAGUGUGAAUGAAUAAGUUUUCUGAUUGUUAUUUCUGUAUUAGAGGAAAGUGGAUAUUUUUUUGUUCAAAUAUUGUAAAUUUUUAAUUUAAUUUUGAAUGCAAUUCUGUGAACUUAUUGUCCUAAGAUAUUUUUAUCAUAAUUAUCUUGAUUUCUGAAUGCAGCAGAGUCCUACACCCUUAAAUUUGGACAAAACUUUUUACUGAAGUAUUUCAUUUUCACGUUUUCAGUUGCUUGUGAUUUUCUGAUGAAAGAGAAAAAUACAAAUGGAUCUCACAUUUGAAAUAAUUUAUUUAUAUGAAAUUCCAAUUCCUUGGAUAUAAUCUUUAUUGAAAUCAAUUCACAUAUAUCCUUCCUAAUUUAUAUUUUAUUUAUAUUUAAUUUGAAUUAUGUUGAGUGGGGACUCGGAAGAUGUUGAAUCCUGAUUUAAACAUUAGAAUAAUUAUCCAUAAUUUUUUAUUUUAUUUAUAUAUACUUUUAUUUAAUUAUAUAUAAUAACUUGUAAGAAUAAUUAUAUUUCAUUGUUAUAUCAAUAUGUUUGUCAUU